ACAUGCUGUAGUCCUUUUUCACCAAGCAAAUUCAUUCUCAUCUGCAAUCAGAAGUCAGACAGGUUUAGAUGGAUGAAGCAUACAUUGAUGUCAAAGCGAUGCAUGGUUUGAGCGAGAUUGAUGCACACUUUUCGAAAUGUGGCAUGUUGUUUAGCUUGUGAUUUGAGAGCAACAGAGAUGGGCUUUGCGAGCGUGCGGAUGGCGAGCGUCCCGAGCUUGAAGGUGAUGCUCAUGUCUGGACGCGCUGCAGCUGUAGACCAUAGUAUACUCUGUGAAGAUGCCUAACCCUGCGACCGGAAGUCCUCCGACUUUCAACGACCAGCAAGACUCUCUCGACCUCUAUCAGCCAAUAUGCUCGCUCGAGGACUCGUCACCCGAACUGUGCUCAAGAGCCAGGCCCCUGUGGCUGCUCGCAACAUGGCCACCCUUCGCGAAAUUGAAAUGCGGCUCAAGUCCAUCAAAAACAUUGAAAAGAUCACAAAGACCAUGAAGACGGUGGCAUCGUCCAAGUUGCCAAAAGCGACCCGUACAAUGGGUCAAGCCAAGGUGUAUGGCGAGACUUCUGAGGAGUUGUUUAAAAAUGCAGAGACCGUUGCCGGAAAAGGCAAGACGCUGUAUAUCGUGGCAUCGAGUGACAAGGGCCUUUGCGGUGGUAUUCACUCGCAAUUGUCCAAGGCUACUCGCAAGGCCUUGACGGCCAACCCCGAUGCCGAUGUCGUUGUGCUCGGUGACAAAUGCAAGGCCCAGCUGCAGCGAUUCAAGCCGGAAAACAUCAUCAUGACCUUCAACCAGAUUGGCAAGGAGGUGCCUACGUUCCAGGAUGCCGCUGCCAUUGCCGACUUGAUUACCAAGAAUGGUAUCGAGUACGAGAGCAUCCAAAUCAUCUACAACACCUACCUCUCCGGCAUUUCGUUUGAGCCCAAGAUCAUUCCUGCCUUUACGCAAGAAUCUAUUAAGAACUCUCCCAACUUUGCCGCCUAUGAGAUGGAAGACGAUGUCAUGGCCAACUUGUCUGAAUUUACAUUUGCCAACUCGAUUUACUGGGCGCUGGCAGAGGGACAUGCUUGCGAGCUGUCUUCCAAGCGUAAUGCCAUGGACAAUGCGUCCAAGAAUGCUGGAGAGAUGAUUGAAAAGUUCACCAUUCAGUACAACAGGACACGACAGGCUGUGAUUACCAACGGCCUUGUUGAGAUUGUCACGGGCGCCAUGGCCCUGGAGGGAUAGAGCUGGUCAUAGUCAUACAAAGUCAUUCUUCUGUGUCAUGUCCCAACAUAAACUCCACACAAUUUGGAA